CUCCGGAGCGUCGUCGCUUGGCGCCGCCUGGGUGAGGCCGCAGGGCCGCGCCACCCCUGGCCCCCAUGGAGCCCCCGCCGCAGGACGGGCCGGGCCCGGCGGCCCCCGGGGACGAGGAGCUCAUCGAGGUGGUGGAGCUGGGGCCCGGGCCUCCGCACCCGGACGAGCUGGCCCAGGAGAUGGAGGACGUGGACUUCGAGGAGGAGGAGGAGGAAGACGAGGAGGAGGAAGAGGAGGAGGAGGAGGAGGCCUGGGGGGACGAGGACGGCGCCGGGGAGACCCCCGAUGACAGCGAGCUCACCUUCGCUAGACACUCCGCAUCCGUGUUCUGCGUGAGCCUCGACCCCAAGACCAACGCGCUGGCGGUGACCGGCGGGGAGGACGACAAGGCCUUCGUGUGGCGGCUGAGCGACGGCGAGCUGCUCUUCGAGUGCACGGGGCACAAGGACUCGGUGACCUGUGCCGGCUUCAGCCACGAUUCGACGCUGGUGGCCACGGGCGACAUGAGCGGCCUGCUCAAGGUGUGGAGGGUGGAGACCAAGGAGGAGGUCUGGUCCUUUGAGGUCGGGGACCUGGAGUGGAUGGAGUGGCACCCGCGGGCCCCGAUCCUGCUGGCGGGCACGGCCGACGGAAACACCUGGAUGUGGAAGGUGCCGAGCGGCGACUGCAGGACUUUCCCGGGGCCCAGCUGCCCGGCCACUUGUGGCCACGUCCUCCCUGACGGGAAGAAGGCCGUGGUGGGCUACGAAGACGGCUCCGUCCGCCUGUGGGACCUCAAGCAAGGCAGCCCGCUGCACGUGCUCAAAGGGGCCGAGGGUCACCAGGGCCCCCUGACGUGCGUGGCCGCCAACCAGGACGGCAGCCUCGUCCUCACGGGCUCCGUGGACUGCCAGGCCAAGCUGGUCAGCGCCGCCACGGGCAAGGUGGUGGGCGCGUUCCGGCCGGAGCCCGCGGCCCCCGCGCCCGGCCUGGGGGAUGAAGAGGAGGAGAGCGAGUCCAACUCGGUGGAGUCCUUGGGCUUCUGCAGCGUGCUGCCCCUGGCCGCGGUGGGCUACCUGGACGGGACGCUGGCCAUCUACGACCUGUCCACCCAGAGCCUGCGGCACCGGUGCCGGCAUGAGUCGGGCAUCGUGCAGCUGCUGUGGGAGGAGGGGGCCGCGGUGGUCUACACGUGCAGCCUGGACGGGGCCGUCCGGCUGUGGGACGCCCGCGCGGGCCGCCUGCUCAACGACUACCGCGGCCACACCGCGGAGAUCCUGGACUUCGCCCUCAGCAAGGACGCCUCCCUGGUGGUGACCACGUCCGGAGACCACAAGGCCAAAGUGUUCUGCGUCCAGAGGCCCGACCGCUAGCCGCCGAGGCCCGUGACCCCGUCCCCCGCUUGCCGGCCGGGGGGGCGGGAGGGGGGCGUCCCACGCCGGUCCCCGGCU